AUGAGUGAAGUCUCAUCUGCAAUUAAAUCACUAAAAUCUGGUAAAGCGGCUGGAAUCGAUGAAAUUAGACCAGAGAUGCUGAAAGCACUUAACAAUGGUGGAAUACGCUGGCUAACUCGUAUUCGUGCUGUAGUAUGGAAAACUGGUGAAGCUCCGGCUGAUUGGCAGACUGGUAUUGUUAUUACAAUCUUCAAAAAAGGUGAUCAAAGAGAAUGCUGUAACUACAGAGGAAUCACUCUGUUGAGCCUUCCUAGUAAAGUCUUCGCUAGAAUAAUCGAACGAAGAUGCCGACAAAUCGUCGAACCUCAAAUUCAAGAGAGUCAAUGCGGCUUUCGUGCUGGAAGAAGUACAACUGACCAAAUCUUUACAUCACAACAAAUAAUCGAAAAAUCUUGGGAAUUCGCCAAACCAAUCUACGCAUUAUUCGUAGAUUUGGAAAAGGCAUACGACCGAGUGCCACGUAAUAUACUUUGGAACGUAUUAAAAGAAUAUGGUAUUCAAGAUCAAUUAUUAUCAGCAAUCCAAUCCUUCGAUGGUAAGCAGGAUGGUGAAAUUGAUCGAGGAAUUGGUGCAGCAAGUGGUGUUCUACGCUCACUCUACUGCUCAGGUGUGACGGUAGCCGAACUGAGCAAAAAGACAAAAAUCGCUAUAUUCAAAUCGGUGUAUCGACCUACCCUCAUAUAUGGACAUGAACGUUGGGUGCUAACAGAAAAGCUGCGCUCUCGAAUACAAGCAGCUGAAAUGAGAUUUCUCCGUAGAAUAUCUGGCUUAACACUACAAGACAAAAUACGUAGCACAGAUAUUAGAGAAUCUCUACAAAUUGAACCGCUUCUUCAACAUAUUGAACGAUCUCAACUACGACGGCUUGGACAUAUUAUCAGAAUGCAACACAAUCGACUCCCAUACCAAAUAUUCGAAGCAAAACCAAUCGGAAAAAGACCAGUUGGACGACCACGAACAAGCUGGCGAAAAUAUAUGGAAAAACUCAGCCUGGAACGUUUAAACCUCCAAUGGCCUGAAGUACAACAAGCAGCAACAGAUCGAAUUCGAUGGAAACAAUUACUGAACGCGCUCACACCCCAAUCCGUAAGGAUAAGGGGAAGAAAAUGA